AUGUCAGAUCGUCAUGGAUCAAAACAUCGUCAAAGAAAUGAUGCACAAAGACCAGCACCAGGGGCAACAGGUUUAACACAAGGUCAGUCAGAAUCGGACUCUGGAGGUACAGAAGUUGAUAAAAAUCCGACACCAGACGAAUCAGUAGAAACGUCUAUCGUUUAUUCAAAAUUCGAAAACCUUACGUUACCACCUAACUCGAACACAGACGAAAUUGUUUCUGAAACAUCAUCUACUCAAUUAGUCUCUACAGAGUCUCAGUCUCAGAACACAGAAUUGGGUUUAUCGAAUGAAGAAGAACAACAGAAUACAUCGAAGGAAUUAAAAGUCAGUGGAUCAGAAGAAAAAACAGAACUAGACAGAUGUGCUAUUUGUAUGGAUGAUUGUAUUGAACCUAAACAACUUGAUAAAUGUGAUCAUACAUUUUGUACAGCUUGUAUUGAUCAAUAUUUUAAGGCAGUUAAACCUCAAUGUCCAUGUUGUUUUACUAUUUAUGGUAAUAUUCGAGGAAAUCAACCAGAAAAUGGUACAAUGAAAUAUAUUGUAACUAAACAUCGUUUGCCAGGCUAUGAAAAAAAUUCCAAUGGCACUAUUCGUAUAAGUUAUUACUUUCCUAAUGGUAUUCAAGAUGAAAGACAUCCAAGUCCAGGCGCACGAUAUCAUGGAACAAGUCGUGAUGCUUAUUUGCCUGAUAAUAAAGAGGGUCGAGAGAUAUUAGAAUUACUUCAAAAAGCUUUUGAAUUUCGUCAAGUUUUUACUGUUGGUCAAUCUCGAACAACAGGAUGUGAUAAUGUUGUUACAUGGAAUGACAUUCAUCAUAAAACAAGUUAUAAUGGUGGAACAGAAAAUUUUGGUUAUCCGGAUGAUACGUAUCUUAAUAGAGUUCGACAAGAAUUAGCAGCUAAAGGAAUUAUAAUGUUUACAGCUGAUAAAAUCGAUGAUAGUGGUGUUUGGUUAGGUGAUAUAACUUCAGCAGAAAAUAUUCAAGCUCUUGAUGAUAAUAAAAUUUCACAUAUUUUAACAAUACUUGACUAUGAACCUAGAAAUAUUGAUAAAAAUCGUACAUAUUUAUUUAUUCAUGCUGAAGAUUUUCAAUCAACUGAUUUAUUAACAUCUGAAUUUGAAAAAUGUUUUCAAUUUAUUGAUAAAGCAAUUGAACAAGGUCAUCAAGUCUUAAUUCAUUGUCAUGCAGGUGUAUCACGUUCGGCAACAAUAGCUGCUAUGUAUUUAAUGCGUAAAUAUUCUUUAACACGUGAACAAGCAAUAGAAAAAUUAAUUAAUAAAAGACGUUAUUGGUCUGUACUACCAAAUGAUAGUUUCUUACGGCAACUUGAUUUAUUUCAUCAAAUGAAUUAUAAAGUUGAUAUAGAAAAUGAAUUUUAUAAAGAAUUUCAAAAGAAUCGAUUUGAUUUAAAAUCAUCAACAGAUAAUGAUGCAUCGAUUUUAAUAUUAACAGAUGAGAAUGAAAAAGAAUAUAAAUGUCGAAAUUGUCAUAUAAAAUUAUUUGCUAAUAAUGAUAUACAAAAACAUGAAAAGGAAUUAGGUAUUCCUUGUAAUGAUCAAACUCAAAUUUUUACAUUUUUUCUUGAUUGGAUUGAUGAAAUUUUUACUAAUCCUCAUGGUACAAUAAAUUGUCCAAAUUGUAAAAUUAGUUUAGGUGAAUAUUCACUUAAAGGUCUACGUUGUCAUUGUCAUCAAUGGAUAAAACCUGCUUUUAUAUUUCAAUGUCAAUUGAUUGAAUAA